GUUUCGGCUCGCCCUUCGCCCUGGUUCGUAACGGUUCCUCUCUUGCGUCCUGCGUCGCCUAUCCGAUCCCUGUUCGGCUCCUCCUCGACCUCGUCGGAUCUACGCUGAGGCUCAGUGCUGAUCCUGAUCUGGUGCCCGGAUGGAGUCGUAGCUCGCUGCAAUCGCCAUGAUCCCGCGGUCACUGGCUCCGGCUGCGUCCGCUGCGCUCGGCCGCCGGCACUUGGGCGUCCCCGCCUCGGCGGAGAAAUUUCUGUUCCCGUUCGUCUCCGUGUGCUUCGUGUCCGUUAUUCUCGUGCUUUCCGCCAUCUCUGGGUUGACGGCCUCCUCCGCCUUCUUCGCGCGCUGCCCGAGUCCCGCCGACGUCCAUCGCGGCGCCGCCCACCUGCCCGCCUUCGCGUACUACAUAGUCGGCGGCCGAGGGGAUGUUCGGCGGGUCCUUCGGCUGCUCCUUGCCGUCUAUCACCCCAGGAACCGGUACCUUAUCCACCUCUCCGCCGAUGCGCCUGAGUCGGAGCGGAGCGAUCUCGCUGCCAGGGUCUGGCUCACGAUCCCGGCCGCCCGGGCGUUCGGGAACGUGGAUGUUGUAGGGAAGGCCGGGGCGAUGACACCGAUGGGCUCCUCCGGGCUCGCCGCCACGCUCCACGCUGCGUCGGCGCUCCUCCGGCUGGACGAUGGCUGGGAUUGGUUCGUUACGUUGAAUGCGGCUGACUAUCCGCUCAUCACGCAAGAUGAUUUGAUUUAUGUUUUCUCUGAUGUUCCAAGGAACCUUAGCUUCAUGGAUCACACUAGUGAUCUUGGAUGGAAAGAAGAACAAAGAGUUCAACCAAUUAUAGUGGAUGCAGGGAUCUAUUUGGCAAAGAGGAAAAAUUACUUCCAAGCUUCAGACAAUCGAGAUACUCCUGAAUCUUUCAAGUUCUUCACAGGAUCUCCAUGGGUUAUCCUCAGCAGAUCAUUUGUAGAGUACUGUAUACUGGGUUGGGACAAUCUGCCUCGGACGCUUCUCUUGUACUUUACAAAUGUGAUUCUAUCCGAGGAAAGUUAUUUCCAUUCGGUCAUAUGCAACUCGGCUGAUUUCCAGAAUACAACAGUGAACAAUGACCUAAGGUAUAUGGUGUGGGAUGAUCCUCCAGGAAUAGAGCCUCACUUACUCAACACCACAGAUUAUGCUGAGAUGAUAAAGAGUGGUGUACCUUUCGCUAGACAGUUCCGCCAUGGUGAUGCAGUGCUAGAUAAAAUCGACAGCACAAUACUAAAACGUCGGAACAAUAAGGCUGUACCUGGGGCUUGGUGUUCUGCAAAGAAGUGGUGGAUGGAUCCAUGCUCUCAAUGGGGCAACGCUGACAUUGUCAAGCCUGGGCCACGAGCAAAAGAGUUUGCACGUCUGAUGCAAAAGCUCUUACAUGAUUGGAAGUCAGAAUCUAACUCUUGCUUGAGAUAAUCAAGAGACAAAAUACGGCCACUUCAGGUGAUGUCAAAGUCACAUGUCAGUUAAUUGAGGGUAAGCAUUGCUGAAGGGUGGCAGGUCAUCGUUUGGAGGCUGGUGUGUGUUUGUGCACAGUUUUAGCUGCAAUAGACACAAUGGAUUGUGACGACAGUAAGUUCCUUGCAGGUAGGGAAGAAACAACUUGGAAGGAAACACAUUUCUUCUGGGGUUCAGUUGCAGGAAUACCAUUUUCCAUGCCUUCCACCACAUUCCACAUCUCCCAUUUGAUCUUCACUGUCGUUGGGUAAACUUUUUGUUAAGUUUUUUCUUUUUCUAGAUAGUAAAUAUGAAAGCAAACCCCCAUUUUGUUAAAGGUGGGUUUUGGAUCUAUAACUUUAGUAAUAAAGUUCAUAGCCAUUUCUAUCUUGGUAAGGAGACAUCUGAUACAAUCUAAAGAAAAAAUUAUUUUGGUGUGGUUGUUCUCCAUGGUUAGCUCGUA